AUGGAGAUCCGGAUGGAGGGUGUAACGGGCACGUCGAGCGAAGCGCGUAGCGGAAAGGAUCCGGACGUCGAACUGUCAAGGGCGAGCGAAGAGACAAGCGAGGAUUCGCGAACAAAAGGGGCGCCGAUACUGGCGUUGAUUCGACGAGACUACACAGCGUACGCACAACAGGUUUAUGGACGAGCCGGUAACUACAUCGAGACCGUAGGGUACCUGUGCAUAUGGAGAUAG